AUUCGAAUGAAUGUAUUUCUAUUCUGAUUGCUACAGAUAAUCAUUUAGGUUAUAUGGAGAAUGAUCCGAUUCGUGGACAAGAUUCUUUGAAUACUUUUAGGGAAAUUUUGCAAAUAGCAAAACAAAAUGACGUUUAUCUUAUAUUAAACACGUCAUUAUUUUCCAAGGAUGGAAACCUUUGUGCUUUGGAUGUUCUUGCAGUUUCAGGUCUUGUAAAUUAUUUUGGUAAAGCUAACGUAGUGGAAAAUAUUAUUGUUAAACCAAUAUUGCUAAGAAAAGGUGAAACAGUAUUGGCACUAUAUGGAUUGGGAAAUGUAAGAGACCAACGAUUGCAUCGAAUGUUCACUGAUGAUGCUGUCAAAAUAAACCUACCACCUAAUAAAAUAUCAAGUGAAUCGUUCAAUCUGAUGGUAUUGCAUCAAAACAGACAUGUGGCCAAAUUGAAUAUAAUUGGUGAUCAAUUUGAGUUGAAAAAGAUUCGUCUUCGCACUGUUCGCCCAUUUGUAAUAGGUGAAUUAUCAUUGAAAGACGUUGAGGGGCUUGAUCCCACAAAAACAUCAGCAGUAAAUGCUUAUUUAAUCACAAAGGUAGAAGAACUUAUUCAAGAUGCCAAAAACCAAUGGCUCGAAAUGAAUGAUUACGAUUAUGAUCUAGAUGAAGAAAUGUUUCCUCUUCCUUUAAUUAGACUAAAAGUGGAAUAUAGUGGAGGAUUCACAGUUUUGAACAAUCGGCAAUUUGGACAGAAAUUUGUAAACCUUGUUGCAAACAAUCAUGAGAUUUUAUUUUUCUAUCGAAAAAGAGCGUUCGCAGUUGACGAAUUCGAUAUGCCUGAAAAUCUUUCUCAUAAUUAUGUCACUGAUCUCGUUACAGAGAACAUGAAGAGUCUUAGUAUAUUACCAGAAAAUGCGUUGAAUGAAGCUACCACACUUUUUGUUGAUAAAGAUGAUCCUCAUGCUAUUGAAGGCAACGAAGCAUCUGCCGACACAUAUCAGCAGGAAGAUGGCAUUGAUUCAGACAAUCAAAUUGGAACUAGCUCUAGGGCUAAAACUACAUCAAGAGGAAGAGCCACAAAGACAACUAGGGGAACAGGCACUCGUGGGCGUGGUAGAGGAAAGACAACAACUUCUAGUAGAAAGAAUGUGGUAGAUGAUGAAGGUUUUGUAGAUGAUAUUGAUAUUGAUGAUAAAUCUGAUCGUACUGAACGUGCGCGUGGGCGUGAUGAUCUUGAUAUUGAUGAUAAAUCUGAUCGUACUGAACGUGCGCGUGGGCGUGGUAGAGGAAGGACAACAACUUCUAGUAGGAAGAAUGUGGUAGAUGAUGAAGGUUUUUUGGAUGAUAUUAAUAAUGAUGAUAGAUCUAAUCAUACUGAACGUACUCGUGGGCGUGGUUGA